CCCAUUGUCUUCUUGCGAAUCUAAAAGUCCCUAAUGGUAUUGAGACUGACGACUAAGUUUGAUGCUGUGACUUUAUAAUAGUUAUACGAAGAGUGCCUCUUGCAACAAUCUUGAUAUAUUCUUAGCAAAAAGUGAGUCCCUUAGGUUUGUCUAAAGAUGCCAGAUAUUGUUUUGAUCAGCGGUUGUUCGUCGGGUAUCGGGCUAGCAACGGCCCAGCUCCUGGCCCACGAUUCGCAAAAGCGUUUCCUGGUGUACGCCACCAUCCUCAAACCGUUGGAGCAAGAAGAGCAGUUCAGGUUGCAGGCAGGGGACGCCCUCAACGAUACACUGUUUCCCCUGCAAGUAGAUGUAACCAAGGAAGCUAUGAUUGUUGACGCUGUUGCCACGGUGAUGAAGAAACAUGGACGAAUCGACGUAUUAAUUAGCAUUGCAGGGGUCAAUAUUCUCAACGUCACCGAGGCAAUUAGUCUUGACGUCAUGAAGAGGGUAUUCGAUAUCAACUUCUUCGGCAUGGUACGGAUCGCACAGGAAGUGAUUCCUGGGAUGAAGAAGCAAAGGUCAGGUCGAAUAAUCAACAUGGGCAGCAUCCAUGGGUUGGGAGCCUUUCCUUACAUGGGUAUAUACGGUGCAACUAAACAGGCCAUUGUGGGUUUCAGUCAGGAGAUAGCUAUGAUUGGCAGGUUCUUCAAUAUAUGGGUUAGUGUUAUUGAACCUGCAGGGGUCAGCACGGCCAUCAUGGAAAACAUGAUUGCCCAGCGACUAGGAGGACAUGCUGAGAUUGAAAGAAACACUAGUACGACCGACAUCGAUGGCACGCUGUCUAAGUGCUUCGACAACCCGGACAUCUACCAUCCCGAACUUCUCGCGACAUCUGAUCUUCAAAACCCGUCAGACAUUGCCGAAGUCAUCCUCAAAGUGGCGACGACCGACAAACCACAUUUCCGUUACCAGACUUCGGAGGCAUGUCGAGCUUACGCAGAGCGAUUCUUCAAGGAUGUGACAGGCGAUUCGCACAUCGACUACCAGGUCGCUGAACUCAAGUCGUUCAGGACGAAGCUAGCAGACAAACAAGCAAACUGAUUAUCAUGUUGGGUGGUUAAAAGACACAUGCUCCGUCGAAUAACCGAAUUGCUAUCUUCAAUUCUUGAUUCGAAUUCACCGAACUCCAUAACCGUUAAUAUAAGCAUAACAUAAAGCCCAAAUGUCCACAGCCCACGAGAUCGAGCACCUACAUGUUUCUAUCUUUCCUCAGGUUGGGUUUUCUUUAAUAUUUUUGUUUUUUGUCAGUCUCGUGGGCUGUCGAUCUACUCGGAUGACCCUUAACCCUAAUCAUAACUAAAUAGCUUUGACGAAUAUCAAAGCCGGGAGUAACUGUUACCAAGGUAUGACGGACCAUUCUUCAUUAUUCGGAUCACCAUUGCGGGCCAAAAAUGUCAUGAACUCAAGGGCGUUUUUGAAGCAUUUUGAAUCAGGUGUGGAACCAAACCUGUCAACAGACUCACCGACAACAAAGCAAACCUCGCUAACCAGCACCCCACAGUUUUUAUUUCUUGCGUCGCCCCUCUCUCAAACAGAACUUAUAUUUUAUUACUGUUCUGACGAUGUGAUUUACGCACUUGAAGUUUGAAGUUCACUCAACAUCUAUUUUAAUAGAGAUAAAGGUACACAUGGUACAGACGAUACAUGCUUUUUUAUAACAAGAUAAAUAGUAUAUCAAUAUAAAUAAAACAAAGAUUACACAUGAUACAAAACAAGAAAAAGGUCACGGCUUUGCUAGAGCAUGAUGAAAGGUAAAAUAAAACGGAGAGAGAGAGAGAGAGAGAGAGACCUAUGACCAACUGAAAAUAGUAGAGAGAAAGAAGUUUGAAGUCAAAGAUCAAUGUUCGAAUACAGGAGCACAGUAUAAAACAGAUAAUAUGAAUAUGUAUUUAAAGAUAUAGCCCGGCAGCCGUCAGCACUUUGAUCAAACGAACGAGGUUCGUUAGAUACCAAUAUCUGAGUAUUGAAACAUUCGGGGAAGAACCUAGUACAAUGUGUUUAUCCAAAUGUGAAUGUCUGCUGGGCCCCUCUGAUGCACUUGGCCCAUGGUCAAAAGGGACCUGAAAUGAAACCAAUUUUUACCAAAUGCAUGCUUGCCACAAAACACUGAAUGACCCAUGCCAGUCAAAUUCAAAUUAGAUUACAGAAUAAAGACGUUGUGUAAACUAUACUACAAAUAAUUAUAUGGUGCUAUCAUACUAAUCAAGACACGUAAAUUCGGGCCAGCCUCAAAUUAGGGCCUUUUAUUCUUUUGUUUUGCUGCUGUCUAUACUUCAGCAAACAUGUAUAUUAUCUGUUGAUAAUAUUUGACUAAAUUUUGAUGUUUUGUAUUUUGCUAUUUUAAAACUUCCUGUAAUUUUGUUUGAUGUCAGUGAAAUGAAAUAAAUAAAUUAAUAAAUGUUAAUGCCUGACACAGGACCAGUUAUUGUUUUCGUAAAUCUAACUAUUUGCUGCUCUAGGCGAACUUUACAGUUUGAAAAAAAGAACAUUUCUAAGAACACUUGAAUCACAUUAGCUUCUACACCUAGUUUGUAAUUCACCGGUCUGGGCAAGAUACCGACAAUUUAUCCCAGUAAUGUUUCAGCUAUAGUUCGGUUACAAUGUGAUUGCGUCUCUUUCUUCUCCCCCCCCCCCCCAAUUCUAUUGGGUUCACGUGCCUUCCGUGCAAGGGGGGGGGGGGGUAACCUCCCCAGUCCCCUUGUAUAUCAAGAUUGACGCCCUUCAUUAACUUUUGCAAUUAAAGAGCCGUAUUAGCUCUGCUAGAACUGUUUAUUAUUGGCCUUAAUUAUCAGUGUUAUUUGAUCGUUAUCGGGAGGAAUCUUCCGCAAAUAUGAUAUUUGGUAAUUACCAUAGUAACAAGGCCUUAAUUUCCAGGAUCUUUAUUAAGAUGAAACUGUAAUACAUCUUUCUCCUCUCUCUCUCUCUCUCUUCUCUCUCUCUCUUUCUCUCUCUCUCUCUUUUGCUUCAUCCUUGUACAAACGUGAAAUACUUCAUCGAGAAUGACGCACACUUCUUGUAUAUAAUAAUUGUGUUUGAGUUGAAAUCAUAUUCUGUAGAUAUCAUGAUGAGUUCUUCAACUGAUCUACAAAUAAACUUUCGAUUAUUUGCCAUUCUCUUAUUCUAUUUCUUUAAACCUGUCAUGACAAAGGCAAUAUUCGCUUUCCAUAUUUUCUAGAGACAGCGUUCAAAGAACCAGAUUUAUUGGAUCAAUGGAAUAUUUUCGAUGGACUAAGUUGUCAUCAUUUUAUUGGCCGUUGUUGUUGUUGAAAUUAAUAGCGUUUUUCAUCGUCGUUGGAUGAUUUUCGCCACGAUCAAUAUAUUUUGAUUGAGUGAUUGUUUGAUUGAUCUAUUUACGAACAACAGUAACAAUAUGUGUACAAAAUAUGUCUUUGAAAUAUUAAAGAAAUUUGCUACUCCAG